AUGGUCGACACCAGGCGCAGCUCCGCGGGGAAGCGCCGGGCCUCGUCGGAGGAGGCCUCGCCCCCGACGCCCCCGCCCGCGGCGGCCUCGGGCGCGGGCGCGGGCGACGCGCCGGGGGCGUCGGCGUCCGCGCCCGCGGCGGAGGCCGCCUCCCCACCGCCCCCGCGGAGCCGCUCGGCCAAGCGGGCCAAGGUCCCGGGCAAGACGACGUGCGUGGUGUCAGCCCCCGUGUUCGAGGCUGCCGCCAAGGCAGCGGGCCGCGUGAUCGAGAGCUCGCAGCUGAGCGCGCCGGCCGUGGAGAGGUCCGCCGGGGCCGUCGCGGCGUCGUCCACCGUGUCGAAUUCAGGAGCUUCAGCGAGGAAGAAGAGGACGCCCAGGCGUCUGCCUCCGUCCGACGAGACGACGGCGGAAGAGAUGACGCAGUGGAAGACGAGGCGCGGGGCGGCCAGUAGCCGGACUCAUGCUUGGGCCAGACUGAUUUCCCAAUCUUCUCAGUAUCCCACGGUUCCUAUUUAUGCUUCCUAUUUCACCGUUGGUCAUGGUGGUAAACAUGAUUUGAAACUGACGGAUGCAUUAUCUGGAUCACUUGUUUGCAGACUGAGGCAUGUUAGGAGGGGUGCUGCCCUUGAGGUCUCUAUAUCCAAAGUUGUCUAUGUAAAUGGGAAGGCCUUAGACAAGGCUGCUAAGGUCACCUUGACUGGAGGCGACGAAGUUGUUUUUAGUUCACUUGGGAGGCAUGCUUAUAUAUUUCAGCCUCUUCCAGAGGAAAAAUCAAGCACAUCAACCUUUUCUUCCCGAAGUUUCGUUCAGCAAGGGCAGUAUCCAGUUAUGAAAGGCACACUGGAUCAUUUAUCAUCUAAAAGGGCCAAGUUAUCAGUGCCGUUUAAUUUUGGUAGUGGCUGCUCUCCAUCUGUUCCUCAUGAUACAGAGAUAGUCAGCAGUUUAUGUAAAACAAUGGAGGAGCAGAACCAGUUCUCUUCUGAAGAAAAUGUGCCAUUUGCUCAACAUAAACUUUUAAAAGAAGAUCUGAAGAAGGCAGUUGUUAGUGCAAGUGAUAUAUCAGAGUCAUUUGAUAGUUUUCCAUAUUAUCUGAGCGAGAAUACCAAAAGUUCUCUCCUGACACCAGCACAUGUAAAUUUGUGUUGCAAGGAAGCCAUGGAGUGGACAAAAAAAAUAUCUUUUAUUUCUCAACGAGUACUAUUAUCUGGUCCAGCAGGGUCUGAGAUAUACCAAGAAACAUUGAUGAAGGCUCUCACCAAACACUUCGAUGCUAGGCUGCUCGUUGUAGAUUCAUCAUUGCUGUCGAGUGGACAGUCUUCAAAGUCAAAGGAGUCAGAGCCGUACAAAAGAGGUGAUAGGGUGAGAUACAUUGGUUCUUUGCAGUCAACAAGGUUUAUCCUUGAGGGACAAAGAGCUCCAGAUUAUGGUUCCCAGGGUGAAGUGCGACUUCCUUUUGAGGAAAAUGGAUCCUCAAAAAUUGGAGUCAGUUUUGACAAACCAAUCCCUGGGGGCAUUGAUCUAGGAGGCAAUUGUGAGGUUGAUCAUGGUUUCUUCUGUUCAGUUGAUUCUCUGUGCCUCGAUGGUCCAGGAUGGGAAGAUAGAGCUAAACAUCCAUUUGAUGUAAUAUUUGAGUUUGUUUCUGAAGAAAGUGCGCAUGGACCCCUUAUCCUAUUUUUGAAGGACGUUGAGAAAGUGUGUGGAAACACUUACUCUUAUCAUGGUCUAAAGAGCAAGCUCGAAAUUUUUCCAGCAGGUGUUUUUGUUAUUGGGUCUCAGACCCAGGCAGACAGUCGGAAAGAUAAGCUAAACGGGUCUCCUUUCCUGUCGAAGUUCCCAUACGGGCAAGCAGCAAUACUUGACCUUGCGUUCCAGGAUAGCUUUGGCCGGGUGAAUGAUAAAACCAAAGAAGCAGCGAAGACUGCGAAGCAUGUCACUAAACUUUUCCCCAGUAAAGUGACAAUACAACCACCACAGGAUGACUUGGAACUCUCAAAGUGGAAACAGCUAUUGGACCGUGAUAUUGAAAUUCUGAAAGUGAAGGCUAACAUUUCAAAAGUCCAGUCUUUUCUAACUCGCAAUGGUCUGGAAUGUGCUGAUGUAGAGACCACAGUAUGUGUUAAAGAUCGAACUCUUACAAAUGAAUGUGUCGAUAAAAUAGUUGGUUAUGCUUUGAGUCAUCAAGUUAUGAAUUCAACUGUUCCAACUCCUGGAAAGGAUGUGUUACUUGCUCUUUCUGGUGAAAGCCUUCAGCAUGGGGUUGAUUUGUCGGAAAGUAUGCAAAAUGACCAUAAGAAAAAGAGCACAAAGAAAUCACUCAAGGAUGUUGCCACGGAGAAUGAAUUUGAAAAGAGGCUUCUUAGUGAUGUUAUCCCUCCAGAUGAGAUAGGUGUUUCCUUUGAUGACAUUGGAGCGCUAGAGAAUGUCAAGGAAACUUUGAAGGAAUUAGUGAUGCUUCCAUUGCAAAGGCCAGAGUUGUUCUCCAAGGGACAACUUAUGAAGCCAUGUAAAGGAAUAUUGCUUUUUGGUCCACCUGGUACGGGGAAGACCAUGCUUGCUAAAGCUGUUGCAACAGAGGCUGGUGCUAACUUCAUCAACAUAUCAAUGUCAAGCAUUGGCUCGAAGUGGUUUGGCGAGGGGGAAAAAUAUGUGAAAGCUGUGUUUUCACUUGCAAGCAAAAUUGCUCCCAGUGUCAUUUUUGUGGAUGAGGUUGACGGCAUGCUGGGUAGACGUGAAAACCCAGGGGAACAUGAAGCCAUGCGUAAGAUGAAAAAUGAAUUUAUGGUGAACUGGGAUGGUCUGAGAACAAAAGACAAAGAACGUGUAUUAGUACUUGCUGCCACUAAUAGGCCGUUUGAUCUUGAUGAGGCUGUUAUUAGGAGGCUCCCAAGGAGGUUGAUGGUGAAUUUACCAGACGCAACCAAUAGGAAAAUAAUUAUUAGUGUAAUACUAGCCAAAGAAGAUUUGGCAGAAGAUGUAGAUCUGGAAGCAGUGGCCAGCUUGACUGAGGGGUAUUCAGGCAGUGAUCUGAAGAAUCUGUGUAUUACUGCUGCACAUCGUCCCAUAAGGGAACUCCUUGAAAAAGAGAAGAAGGAGAGAUCCUUAGCAGAAGCAGAAAACAAAUCAUUGCCUCCUAAGUAUUCUAGCAGUGAUGUCCGUCCCCUAAAUAUGAGUGAUCUCAAACAGGCACACGAGCAGGUAUGUGCAAGUAUAUCAUCUGAUUCGACAAAUAUGAACGAGCUUGUUCAGUGGAACGAGCUUUACGGCGAAGGCGGAUCUAGAAAGAAGACGCCUCUAAGCUACUUCAUGUAG